AUGGCGCAGAUGUCAGCGGCCAUCUCACUCUUGGGGAAGGAGGUGAGUGGCCUCAAGGCGAAGUCAGUAGGGUUCUCCUCCAUCCUCAAGUCAGGGCCCAGCAGCAAGACCGGCGUUAAGGGCAAGGAGAAAGGUUUGGAGGGGGAUGACACCGAAGAGGACGAUGAGCUCGAAAUGUCUGUCACACCAGGUGAUGACUCGGUCCUUGAGGGGGGCAUCCCUCAACUGACCUUCCUGGCUCAAUCUAUGACUGGGGCGGCCCCAUCAUCAAGUGUGAUCGCUGCUGGCGCAGCGCCAAUUGAGAACAAGAUCAAGGCCAAGGCCACCACCAACGUGGUGGCGACAGCGUAUCUGGCGGUGUGGAACUUAUGGGCGGGGCUGGCCUCAAGAGCAGGCGCUAAGGGGAGCCCCUCACAACACACGAAGGGUGAGGACGUCCAGCUCUGGAUCAAGAAGGUCAAGCUGCGGGGCACACAAGUGGGAUGGGACUCCGCCACCCUGCUGGCGCAAGCGUCAGCCACGCUGGAGGGUGCCACAGCACUAUGGCUCCACACAGCAGAGCUGGAGGCGAUGUUCCAGUUCAACCAGUUCAAAUCCAAGCUCAUGUGCGCCUUCUCACCAUUCACUCAGGUGGAGCUCUUCAAGGAGUACCUCACAUGUACACAGAGCAAGAGUGAGAACAUCCAUCUGUUCUACUUCCGCCUCUUGCUCCUCCAGAAGUGCAUGGGACUGGCAGAUCUGGAUCUUCUGUCAUCACAGUUCUGCAAAGGGCUGAAGGCCAACAUCUGCAAGGGCAUCAACCUCUUGCCAAGCAGCAUGCCACUGGUGGACCUACUGGAGCAGGCAGUGGAGGUGGAAUUGCAGCUGAAGACCAACCCCAGCUGUGUGACACUGGUGGUGGCCAUUGCUGAGGAGAGACCAGGCAGCCUCAAAGGGCUGCAAGGACAGCACAUCAGGGCAGACAUUGCAGACCUGCACAACAGCAUCCAGGACCUGGUCAUGUGGAUGCAUGAGUGUGAGUCAGAUGACAAGCAAUGA